GUACCGACCGGCUGUGCGGCGGCGAUGGCGCUGACCUCCGCGCAUCCGGCGCCUCCCCUGCUGGUCUGCCGGCUCCUGGCGCUGGCCCUGACCCUCGCCCUCGCCUCCGCCAGGAAGAUCCCGGCCUCCAUCACCCCGAUCUCGCGGGACCUCUACCACUCCAGUGACUCCAUUCUGGGUGAGAUCAAGGCCUUGGUGGCACGGAAUUCUGAUAGUUUGACUAUGGAUACAGUAAGAGCAAGUAACAAAGGGUAUUCUGCAGAGAUGUUCGUCGUUACUUUUAACCAUGCCAAGGAAACCGUAGAAGAUGGCUCCAAGAUUAAAAUCAUGCUGAGCUUUGGGCAGCAUGGUAGAGAGCUUAUUACCUCUGAAGUUGCGUUAAGUCUGCUCUACAUUUUAACGGAGAAGCGUAGAAUCGCCGGUGUAGAUCUAUCAUCCUUUGAGAAAAUUCUGGAGCAUCUUGUGAUCAAAGUGGUGCCAAUGGAAAAUUUUAAUGGACGCAAACGUGUUGAAGCAGGGGAACUUUGUGAUAGAAGAAAUGGAAGAGGAGUUGAUCUUAACAGAAAUUGGAGCGUUGAUUGGGGGAAGAAGGAAAAGGAUUAUAACCCAUUUGAGGAGGAUCCUGGUACUGCUCCUUUCAGUGAACCUGAGGCUCAGAUCAUGCAAGAAUUAUCCAAGUCAUUUAAACCACAUAUCUGGGUUAAUGUGCAUUCUGGAAUGGAGGCCUUAUUUAUGCCAUAUGACCACAAGAAUACUACACCAGAUGGAGCGCCUUCUCAGUUGAUGAGGUCACUUUUAGAGAAUUUGAAUCGUCGACAUUUCCAAGAUAGCUGCCUAGUUGGAUCAGGUGGUGGAGCUGUAGGGUACCUUGCACAUGGGACUACGACUGAUUAUCUGUAUGAUAUUGCAAAGGUGCCAAUGCCUUUCACCUUUGAGAUAUAUGGAGAUGAGAAAGCAUCCACCGACGAUUGCUUCAAAAUGUUCAACCCUGUCGAGAAGACAACAUUUGAUAGAGUCAUUAACAAGUGGUGCAUGGCGUUUCUCAUACUUUUUGAGGAAGGGUUGCGAAUCCUGCCUGGUAGUCAAGUAGCAUCCCAAGGAGCACUGGAUAACUGGGUCCCCAUGGGAGGAGAGAUUUUGGAGAGAAAUGCAGACGAAAAGAACGGCAAUGAAAACAGACAACUUGAAGGCCUUGACCUCGGAAUGCAGGAGCUAAAGACCUACUUUAGGUUGUUUAUAAUAUCAACGUUCUUGUUGAUGUUCAUGUUCUGCUCGAGGAUAUCAAAGAACAGAAACAGAGAAUCAGAUGAACAAAGUAUAGCAUGAAUCAUUCUGACAAAGUUCAUCUCCGGGAGUAACUUUUGCGCUUCGCGACUUGGGAGAUGCGGCGAUGGGAGAUGACAAGGCUGGUAGAAUUGUAGUAAUGUUUUGCAACCUCUGUUCAGAUACCAGCUGAAUGUCAAGUGAUUUGUUUAUGUCUUCGACAAGUCAUAAAUGUAAGUUGUAAAGAUGUCCAUGUCUGUUCUUGGUGAUGAAUAGGUAGAAUCAGAAUGAUAUCCACACCUUUCGAAGGUUGCUGGAUUUUUGACACGACCAGAUGUAAUGUUCAGUGGUCGACUUGUUUUGGCAUUAUUGAUUGUCACAGCUCACCGUGGACUUACUUUGACGCGACUGAAUGUAAUACCAUUGCCAACUUGUUACCUGUAA